GGUCACACUGACGCACAAACAAAUCAAUCAAUUAAUCGGGUUUAAUUGUGUUUCUGUUAAUCACAAAAAUAAUGGCCACCGAAGAUCAUCUGCGACUGGCGAACAUUGUGAAAAGCUGCCAUGAGAGUCUGCGGCGGCUGACAAAGGAGCAUGGAGCCCAGGUGGCCUGGCAGGAGCACACAAGUCCACAGAAUGCGAAACGUCUGUUGGAGUACGCCAAUGCCAUGCGGGAGCUGGCAUCCAUAUGGGAGAGCAACAUGGAGAGGAAUGACAGCAGCAUGGAGUUGCAGGCCCGCAGCCGCAUCAAGUGGGCCAUUGACUACAUAACCAAGUACUUCUUUACCGAGGGCAUAUACAUGCAAAAGCGACAGCGGGAACAGAGAUUGCUAAAGUCAUACACAAGCGAACAGCAGCUGGGCGAAGUGACCUGCCAGUUCCUGGAGGAGCCACCAGACAGGUUGCGGGUGCUGGACGUGGGAAGCUGUUUCAAUCCGUUUGCCAACUCGCCGCAUCUGGAGGUGACAGCAAUUGAUUUGUGCCCCGCCACCGAUGACGUGCUCCAAGCAGAUUUCCUUAAAGUUGAUGUUACGCCAGGACUCGCAGAGCCAGAGGUAUGCGAGGGCAGCGUGAAGAGUCUGCCCGCCACCCACUACGAGUGUGUUAUUUUCAGUCUGCUCUUGGAGUACAUGCCCAGUGCUGAACAGCGCCUUCUUUGCUGCCGAAAAGCGUACGAUCUUCUACGCCCCGAAGGUAUACUCGUUAUCAUAACGCCCGACUCUCAGCAUGUGGGCAAGAAUGCGCACCUAAUGAAGAACUGGCGCUACUCCUUGGCCAAAUUGGGUCUGCUCAGGGUACGCUUCGAAAAGUUGCCCCAUAUCUCCUGCAUGGUGUUCCGCAAGGCCAUAAGCCUGGAGCUGUCUCGCCACUGGGCGAGCAUUCAUCGAGAGGAGGGCAUGUGCGAAGCCAUAAAAAUACCGCAGGACGAAAGUUAGAUAAGACAAGGGCCCCGGGCCCCAUCUGUGUUGUUGUAAAUAUGUUCACGUCUACUUAUUUAUGACUUAACUUAUCUGUGUUAAAUGUGAGUUAAUAAUAAUGGUUGACGAUUUAUCUAUAUCGU